AUGUUGAUCCUUAUCACCCACUUUGAAGACGUGCAGAAUAGAUCGCUAAUAAACCCUCUCCAAUACGCUUCCUGGCACCCUCGCGAGUCUCGUGAGAAUGCCCACGCUCGAAUAGGAGCUUCCAUAGGAUGCACUAAGGAACAGAUAGCGGCUAAUUUCAUAGCUUUCCAACACACCAUCCCUAGCUCGGAUAUUGUAAUCUUUUCAGAUAGAUCUAGGCUAGUAGAUAGAUUUGUAGGGGGUAGCUAUAUUAGACUUCAAGCACACUAUCAGUUCCUCUACUCCUCACUCUUAUAUGGACAUAGGAAAGAGGUCUUUAACAUAGAAGUAGAAGCAGCCCUAGCUAGUACUUAA